GUUUUCAGGGAAGUAUGUGUGUGUAUGUAAGAUCCUAGAAUGAUCCUAUCUAUCUAAUUCAGAUAGAUAGAUACUUUUUCUCCCAAUAAACUAAUCGAUUAUUUGACCAGAUGUGUCAGCACUAAACAAGUGUUUUAAAGCAGUAGAGCACUGAGAUUUUGAAGCCACAUGAAAUGAACGAAGACUUAAUUUUGUCUUGCGUUUUCAGACGGUUCUCCCCAGAAAAACAACAGCAUUGGUCAGUAAACAUUUUCCUGACAACGACACAAUAAGAGCGGUGAGAGUGAUCCAAAACAGUAAAGUUGGGACAGCUAAACAAUGAGCUGAAACUCACUGUAAAGCUCCUUAAAGUCGAGGCGAGCUGCAAUAUUGCAGUUUUGUAUCUCAUCUAUGUGUUUUUAUGUGUUUUAAAACUGUGCCAUCCCUGCUGGAGACUACUUUACAGAAUACUAGUGAUAUUGUUUUACUCCAAUUUUCUUGUUGUGGUCUGUUUCUUGUGAUGAUGGAAAGCAAAAAAAAGAAAAAAGAAUUUGACUUCGUAUGUAUCUUGCCAUUUACACAAAGUCAGACCAUCUACAAGACAUAACUUAGGUAGGUUCGAAGGUAUGUUGACAUAAUGAGGCAAUCUCAAAGCAGUGUGACAGUUUGUAUUCAUCACAUCUAUUGUUUGCUCCCCUCACAAUGCUCCUUUGUUAAACUGAAACACAUCAAGCUCCACCUCCUUACAUCCUUACGACCUUACAUCAUCUGCGACAAAUAGGAAAUAGAGUGUGUUUUCUUCACUUCUCACUCAGAAGCGACACGCACACACUGAGAGGCAUGAUCACAUUAACCUUUAUAACUGAGGGAAGAGAGGUACAAGACACAAUACGGAAUUCCUGAAUACUUCCACUUCAACCUGACUGGAAAAAAACACAAACCAAAGUGAAAGUAACUGAGGGGACUUGUUACAGCAAGGAGGGGGAACACAACUGACUGACUUCCUGUUUUAGUGUUCUGCCUGGUGUUUUUCCGCUUCACUCAAAGAGAAAAUGGCGUCCUGUUCGGAGAAGGAUCUUUCCUGUCCUGUCUGUCAUGACAUCUUCAAAAAUCCUGUUGUCCUGUCAUGUAGCCACAGCUUCUGUAAAGACUGUCUGCACAGAUGGUGGAGAGAGAAACAAAUAAAUGAGUGUCCGGUUUGUAAAGCAAGACCUUUGUUGAGUGAUCCACCUCGUAACCUGGCGUUAAAGAACCUGUGUGAGGCCUUCUUACUGGAGAGAGAUCAGAGAGCUUCAGCAGGGUCUGAGGCUCUCUGCAGUCUGCACUCUGAGAAACUUAAACUCUUCUGUCUGGACCAUCAGCAGCCAGUGUGCGUCAUCUGUCGAGAUUCAAAAACACACAACAACCACAGAUUCAGACCCAUCGAUGAAGCUGCACAGGAUCACAGAGAGGAGCUCCAGAAGUCCCUGAAGCCUGUACAGGAGAAACUGAAAGUCUUAAAACGAGUUAAAGGAAACUGUGAUCAAACAGCAGAACACCUUAAGGUCCAGGCCCGAAACACAGAGAGGCAGAUUAAGGAGCAGUUUAAGAAGCUACAUCAGUUUCUACAAGAGGAAGAGGAGGCCAGGAUCGCUGCUCUGAGGGUAGAAGAAAAGCAAAAAAGUAAAGUGAUGAAGCAGAAGAUUUAUGCUCUGAGCAGAGAGAUAGCAGCUCUUUCAGACACAAUCAGAGCCACAGAGGAGCAGCUGAGAGCUGAAGACGUCUCAUUCCUGCAGAACUACAAGGCUGCAGUGGAAAGAGUCCAGCGGCGCCCCCUGCUGGAUGAUCCAGUGCUGGUCUCAGGAGCUCUGAUAGACGUAGCCCAACACCUGGGCAACCUGACCUUCAACAUCUGGAACAAGAUGAAGAUGAAGGAGAUGGUCUCCUACACUCCUGUGAUUCUGGAUCCAAACUCUGCUCAUCCAGAACUCAUCCUGUCUGAAGAUCUGACCAGUGUGAGACAUGGACAGAGACAGAAGCUUCCUGAAAACCCAGAGAGGUUUGAGUGUUAUCGUAUUGUUCUGGGCUCUGAGGGCUUUGACUCGGGGACUCACAGCUGGGAUGUUGAGGUUGGAGACAGUACACACUGGGUCCUGGGUGUAGCAGCAGAGUCUGUCCAAAGGAAAGGAGACAUAAAGACUGGAUUGUGGCGAAUAGGGUUAUCUGAUGGUAAAUAUGCGGCAGUCUCCCCAUCAGAUCCCCCCACUGCUCUCUCAGUGAAGAAGAAGCUCCAGAGGAUCAGAGUUCAUCUGGACUGGAACAGAGGAAAACUGUUAUUCUCUGAUCCUGAUACCAACACACACAUACACACCUUCACACACACUUUCACUAACAGGCUGUUUCCAUACAUUAGUAAUAAGAAUGAACACCAACUAAAAAUAUUACCUUUGAAGGUCUCUGCAACAGUAGAACAGCUCAGUCAGUGAUGACAAUGUGGCGUGAACAGUAAUCAUCUUUUAAAUGGGAAUACUGAACAAUGGGUUAUUUUAAUAUCUCAUUUUAUUUGAAUGUACAGCAUAUUUACAGUGUAUUAAGUAAAUAUUACAGUACUGUCCUUUGUGUAUCAAAUGCUCACCCUGUAGGCUUGCAAUGUGGUUCUGAAAGGUUUGAAGCUUGCUCCUGCAGCUUGGAUUUACAGCAACUGAUUCCAAUGUUGAUCCAAUCACAGCAAACAAUACUGUAUCAAAAUGUACAUAGAAACUUCUCAAACCACUUCUGCAGAAUAACCAGCUUCUCCACUGUUUAUAUACGUUCCAGGAUGUUUUAUUGACUUCUUCCUUGCAGGAAGAAAGCUUGGAUUGGGUCAGGAAAUGUUGACUAAGACAAAUGUUGUACUGGGAAAUAAAAAUAAAUUUGACUUGA